ACCUUCCAAAUCCGUGCUCUCCCAACUCCCAAGUCUCAACCCUAGAAAAAAAAAAUGGAAAAUCCAACCUCUGGUUGGUGAGACUUUGUAUAUGGUGAACAAAUUUACUCCCAUUCCGUUCUGUUCCCAUUGGUAUCUCCGCCGCCCUACCCUCACCAGACCUCACCUCAUUUAUAACGAUUUUACCUCACUUUCCCUUAUGGAGAUUCACCAUUACGGUAAUGGCAAUGAAGGAGAUCGGUUGCCAUUGUCGUUCUUAUGGUACUCUCAGGGACACACCAAGUAAGGAACCCAGAUCCUGUAACGGCAUUAACGGCGGCGGCGGCGGCGGUGGCGGUGGAGGAGACAAAGGAACCAACAUGACCAGGAAUAAGAAUCUCAAGGUGGGUAAAACGAUUACGUUACUCGGAUGGACAAUGGAGGAUGCGGUGGAUGUGGUAAGGUACCACCCGAUCAUAUGCGUUUUCGCCCUUUCCUUGCUGUUUUUCAUGGCGGUAGAAUAUACCCUUUUCAUGAUCCCUCCUUCAUCUCCUCCUUUCGAUCUGGGUUUCGUCAUCACCCGCUCUUUCCACCGCUACUUGUCCGAUCGCCCCUCCCUCAACACCUUCCUCGCCGCUCUCAACACUGUGUUUGUGGGAAUGCAAAUGACGUAUAUUCUGUGGACAUUGUUGGUGGAAGGGAGGCCGAGGGCGACCAUUUCGACUCUGUUCAUGUUCACAUGCAGAGGGAUACUUGGUUGCUCGACGCAACUGCCGUUGCCGGAGGGGUUCUUGGGGUCGGGAGUAGAUUUUCCGGUGGGGAACGUAUCCUUCUUCCUGUUCUUCUCAGGACACGUUGCGGGGUCAGUAAUAGCUUCGCUGGACAUGCGUCGGAUGCAGAGGAGGGAAUUGGCGUGGCUGUUUGACACGCUUAAUGUGUUACAGGGAGUUAGGCUGCUGGGCACAAGGGGUCACUACACCAUUGAUUUGGCCGUUGGUGUCGGUGCCGGCUUCCUCUUCGAUUCUUUCGCCGGAAAGUACGAGAAGGAGAGCAAGCGUAAGAGAGCUGCUAAUCGUCUUCAGGGCGCUUUACUCAAGUAAUUAUCAUAAAAGGGUUCAGGUCCCCUGUGUAAAUUGUGGAUGGGAAUGGAAGGAAAGGGUCGAAAGAUUGGAAAUUGGAAGAAAAGAAACCAAUGCUGCCUGGUUAGUGGGAUUGAUUGUGGGAAUCUGCUGUUGCUUCUUUCGACUUUUCUUGGAUGUUUCUGCAAUUUUCUCAGUUCUUCUCCGUCAUAUCUGCAUGCAAUGUAUGCAGUUGUACUUAAAGUGGAUGGAUUUGAAAUCUGGAAUUGGGUACUGCAGGGAAAGAUUGCUGUCAGUUUUAGUUCCUUCGUUUCAUUGCUUAUUUAUGGGUAUUUAGUGCAACUGGCUUUCACAAACA